GAAAUGCGAUAAGUGAGCCAACCUGCGCAAACAGUUCGGCUCCGACUGGCUGGUCACUCAGCGAGCCGAGAGGCCACUCAGCACGAUCGAAAGGACGAUCGUGCUCUCUUGGAUUAAGGCGGCCGAGCGGGACGGUCACACACAAAAAGGGCUUAGGAUUAAUAAAUUAUAUAUUACUGUUUUGUUUUUAAUAAGUACAACGUCGUUUUAGCAAAGCCCCACAAAUAUCACAAAAGUGGCGACGAGAAAAGUUAAUGUGAUCGUUUCGUGUUGUAAAGUGCUGACCAAAUUUUAAUUCGUUUUUUGUUCGUUUUCUUCCGUGUCCCGCUCACACACAUACACCCACACAAUUGCGCCACCACGUCCCAAGAAGCGCAAGAUGAACCCCGCUGAUGCAACGAUGGAUUUACCGACGGAGGAGGAGCAGCGACGUGCAUCCUUAGGCCGGCCGGGAUUUUUCAACCCGGCGGUGAUGCAGCAACCCGGAGCAUCGCAGCCGCACGUUCCCUCCGUGCACGAAGUAGCGUUCCAUCAUCAGGUGUCCCCAAAUGGGCACCUCUAUCCGCCAUCGCAAUUGGGACCCGCAUCAGCGCCGCCGGUAUCAGCGCCAUCGCAAUUUGUGCAACCGCCAUCGCAAACGGGCUCAGCUGUAGUGGAUAACGCCGUACUCCUACAAACGCUGAAAAUGAUGCAGCAACACAUGACCCAGCAACAGCAGCUUAUUAGUAAAAUAAUGUCCCAGCAAACAAACCAGCCCGCAUUUACGCCAAAUUUCAAUCCAGAGCAAGCAACGGAAGCAUUAGCCAAUUCGAUUAUGGAAUUUCGGUUCGAUCCUGAAGCUGGCAUCACCUUCAGAACAUGGUUUUCCCGGUACGAGGAGCUGUUCAACGAGGAUGCUUGUCGGUUAAGUGAUGCAGCAAAAGUGCGACUUCUUUUAAGGAAGCUAGGUGCAGCCGAGCAUGAUCGGUAUUUGUCGUUUAUCCUGCCCCUACGUUCAAGUGAAUUUUCAUUCAAGGAGACGAUCGCGAAGCUCGCUGUGCUGUUCGACGUGCAGGAAUCCUUGAUAAGCAAAAGGUACAAGUGUUUGCAGCUUACAAGGAAACCUGAAGAGGAUCUGCUUACCUACGCAUGUCGGGUAAAUAAAUCAUGCGUAGAGUUCGAGCUCAGCAAGCUCGACGAGGAACAGCUAAAGUGCCUCUUAUUCGUUUGUGGAUUAAGAGAAGAACGAGACGUCGAAGUGCGAACCAGAUUGUUGGCGAAAAUCGAGGAUCGAGAGCAGAUUACGUUGCAGCAACUGUCAGAGGAAUGUAGUCGCAUUGCCGCGCUAAAAAGAGACAGCGCAAUGAUUCAAGAAAAUGAACGGCAAGUACUCGCAUUGCAUAACAAUAACAAAAAAGAAAAAUUUAACAAUCAUACUAAAGCUAAAAAUUCGAGUUUUCAGCACCGGCAAUUCCCCAGAAGAAAUAAUGUCCAAAGAUAUGAUAAGCAGCGUCCUCCCGCACGGAACACCCAUCCCAGUCGACCAUGCUGGCUUUGUGGCGACAGACAUUGGGUGCAAUAUUGUGGCUAUAAAUCGCACAAGUGCCAAGAUUGCGGACGAAUAGGACAUCGGGAAGGCCACUGCAAUACCGCGAACCAAAAAGGAAAAUUUCGUCAGAGCCCAUCGGUGGAGACACGUAUCGUCACGGUGAAUGCAUGUGCCGUCGCGGUAAACCGUAAGUACGUUAACGUACUAAUAAAUGGAAAAAAUGCCAGGUUACAACUCGAUACGGGGUCCGAUAUUACGAUCAUAAAUAGAUCUCUGUGGCAAAGCUUAGGCAAACCUCCUCUAAAUGCAUGCGAGAUACGAGCAAAAACAGUUUCAGGGGCUAGCCUUCACUUAGACGGGGAAUUCGAAGGAAUUGUUACGGUUGGAGAGAAAACAAAAGCAGCUACCAUCCGCGUAGCUUGCGUAAAUCUCUUAUUAUUGGGUGCAGAUAUCAUCGACGCAUUUGAUCUCGGAUCGUUACCGAUGAAUGCAUAUUGUGGAACUGUUUCGACAGCGACACCAAUUGCAAAACAAUUAGAAACCAAGUUUCCCAGUGUUUUUAGGGGAUCAGGCUUAUGCACCAAGGCACGUAUAAAAGUGCAAGUAAAAGAGAACACCCAACCAACCUUUUGUCCAAAGCGCCCAGUCGCUUAUGCUAUGCAAGAAGCUGUGAAUAAGGAACUAGACAGAUUAGAGCAACUUGGAGUUAUUACGCCGGUAGACUAUUCGGAAUGGGCGGCUCCAAUAGUGGUUGUUAGAAAGGCAAAUGGAACUAUAAGAAUAUGUGGAGACUACUCCACCGGCCUUAAUUCAGCAUUACGGACGCAUGAAUACCCUUUACCAUUACCCGAAGACAUUUUUGCCAAACUUGCCGGUUGCAAAUAUUUUAGCACAAUCGAUCUAUCGGAUGCAUUUCUUCAGGUGGAAGUAGAAGAAAAAUACAGAUCGUUUUUGGUAAUAAAUACACACCGUGGUUUGUACACAUACAACCGAUUACCACCAGGUAUAAAGAUUGCACCAGCCGCAUUCCAGCAAAUUAUUGAUACCAUGCUAGCUGGAUUGAAUGGAGUGUGUGGUUAUAUGGAUGAUGUGAUAGUAGGGGGUAAAACUGAGGUUGAACAUGAUGCUAAUCUAUACAAACUAUUGCAACGGAUCGAAAGCUACGAGUUUACAAUACGCGCCGAGAAAUGUUCUUUUAAAAUGUACCAAAUUCCAUACCUAGGCCACAUAAUUGAUCAUCAAGGAAUUAAACCAAAUCCAGAAAAGAUAGCGGCAAUUCUCAACUUACCAGCACCAACCGAUUUAAGUGGCGUAAGAUCAUUCUUAGGUGCCAUUAAUUACUAUGGCAAGUUUGUGCCCAACAUGCGCGAGUUAAGGUAUCCUUUAGACAUGCUCUUAAAAAAGGACGGAAGAUUCGAGUGGACCCUUGAUUGUGAAAAAGCUUUUAAAAAGUUUAAAGAAAUUUUAUCAUCAAAUUUGCUUCUCACACAUUACGAUCCCCGAGCCAAAAUUGUUGUUUCUGCAGACGCCUCUUCUAUAGGGGUCGGAGCAACCAUUAGCCAUGUUUUCUCUGAUGGAUCCGUUAAAGUAAUACAGCACGCAUCUAGAGCGCUAACCAAAGCAGAAACAGGUUACAGCCAAAUCGAUAGAGAGGGAUUGGCCAUAGUAUACGCUGUAACCAAAUUUCAUAAAAUGCUGUUUGGGAGACACUUUAUUUUACAAACAGAUCAUAGACCACUGCUUAGAAUAUUUGGUUCAAAAAAGGGGAUUCCGAUCUAUACAGCAAAUCGUCUUCAAAGAUUCGCGCUGACGCUACAGCUUUAUGAUUUUGAAAUGGAAUACAUACAAUCAGACAAGUUUGGAAAUGCGGAUGUCCUGUCUCGUCUUAUACAAAAUCAUGCAAAGCCAGAGCCAGAAUAUGUGAUCGCGAGCGCUAGCCUAGAAGAAGACUUGGAGGCAGUAGUUAUCAAUGCGAUUAGUUCGUUCCCCCUCACGUUCAGAGACGUUGAGAUAAAAACCCAGAGCGAUCCCGUACUACGACAGGUUUACACACAUAUAAAAAAGGGCUGGCCAACAAACGUAUCGUAUGGAUCAGAGCUUGCACGUUACCAUGAUAGAAGAGAGUCCUUGUCAGCAGUAAACAACUGUAUCCUAUUUGGAGAGAGGGUAGUGAUCCCCAAACUGCUACAGAAACAAUGCCUGAGUCAGAUCCAUCAUGGUCAUCCGGGGAUUCAAAGGAUGAAGGCCUUAGCUAGAAGCUACAUGUACUGGCCAUCUAUGGAUCGUGAUAUUACUGAAUGGGUUAAUUCGUGUCAUGCCUGCCAGGCAGCCGCCAAAUCACCUCCAAGCACCGAUAAAACCAGCUGGCCAAAAUCUUCAGCUCCUUGGCAACGCCUUCAUAUCGAUUAUGCUGGUCCAUUAAAGGGAGAGUGGUAUCUUAUAUUAGUGGAUUCUUUUUCAAAAUGGCCGGAAAUAGUUCAAACUAGCAACACGUCAUCAGCGGCUACAAUUGCUAUUCUUCGUAGUAUUUUCGCACGUUUUGGUAUGCCGAUGACGCUAGUGUCUGAUAAUGGGACACAAUUCUGCAGUAUUGAAUUUGAACGAUUUUGUAAGAAAAGCGGUAUUAUACACGUUAGAACGGCGCCUUACCAUCCACAAUCAAACGGCCAGGCAGAGCGAUUUGUGGACACUUUUAAGCGAGCUAUGAGGAAAAUCGAAGUUGAUGGUUACACGGUUCGGGAGAGUUUGGACAUAUUCUUACAAACUUACAGGUCUACCCCAAACGCUUGUCUGGAAGGAUCAAAGUCUCCCGCGGAGAUCAUGUUGAGUAGACGCCCAAGAAUACCGCUGGAUUUAUUAACACCAUUACAAAACCCACCACAGAUAAGCCCUACUGUAGAAGAAAGAGAAUUUUGCCCUAAUCAAAACGUUUAUGCUAAACAUUAUUCCCAGAAUGGAUGGAGAUGGAUAACCGGUACGGUUCUGAAGCGACAAGGUAGAGUCAUGUACGUGGUCAGGACGGCUGAUGGAAAAAUCAUUCGACGGCAUAUUCAUCAGCUACGUCGGCGAACGCAAGAAGAAUCUUCAACAGUAGUUCAGCCUCGCUUACCUCUAGAUGUUUUGCUUGAAGCUUGGAAUUUGGAUCGCGUACAAAGUCCACCUGCACCUGCACCGUCACCACCAGCAGACUUACCGUUACCUUCAAGCAUCAGCGACCACCAAACGGUACCGGUGCUUCCUCCUGCUACGUCCACACAAACAUUUGGAAAAACAACAACUGCACGUCCCAGAAGGCUGUAUCAGGUACAGGAACCACGACGCUCUUCUCGCAAUAGAAGAUUGCCCAGUCGGUUCGAUGUGUACCGUAUAUUUUAAGAGAGGGAGAUGUUAUGGAGGCGUUUAGGGCGAAAUGCGAUAAGUGAGCCAACCUGCGCAAACAGUUCGGCUCCGACUGGCUGGUCACUCAGCGAGCCGAGAGGCCACUCAGCACGAUCGAAAGGACGAUCGUGCUCUCUUGGAUUAAGGCGGCCGAGCGGGACGGUCACACACAAAAAGGGCUUAGGAUUAA